CAGAUUUCCAUAAAUUAUGACAAUAAACUAAACUUAUUAUUCAAGUUCGCCACUGUAGGUCAGUGUUUGAUUUACGUUACAAAGCGAAGGUUGGACUUCAUAUCUUUCAAAUUUCGUCAACUCAGUUCAAUAAAAUGGCUCCGGUUAAACGAAUGAAGAAAAAAACGAAACCAAAAGAAAAAUCAUCUCAAAACUGUUGUGAUAUGUCUUCGGAUUCGGAAUCAGAUUCUACCAGUUGCAGUUGUUGCUCAUCGAGUUCCUCAUCAUUUAGCUCCGAUUGUUCGUGUUCGGAUUGCUCUGAUUUCUGGGAUUCCGAAGAUUUCCCAAAACGAAAAUCUGGCGCAAAAAAAAAACGUCUUCCAAAAACCAAGAAGACUACAAAGCCUGCUAAGGUAUCCAAAAGGAAGAAAAAAGUUUCUUUCUCUGAUGAUUCGGAGUCAUCGGACACUUCUGGCUGUCAAGAUGGAACUUGUAGAAGAAAGGUUAAAAAGAUAAAUAAUCACGGGCGGCGUAAGGCAAAAAUUUAACGAUUGAAAUUUUAAAAUUGCUGAAUGUUUUAUUAUUUUUUAGGUCUGAUUCUGUGUUAAGUAUUUUGAUAUUUCAGUCACAUUUUUCAUCAGGCUGUGCCUGAAGAAUAUUUCUGUUAGGAUUAGGAUGAUUUUUAAUGAGUAUCAUUUUUAAAGUAGAUAAAUCUUACCAGAUUUAAUUGAAAAUUCAUUGAUAAUAAUUCGCAAAUUAGUUAAUAGUUGCAUAUAAUUAAAGUCUAUUAUGAUAAAGUCGAGCCGCAAGAAUUAUUUCAAUAUACUCACUAUAUAAUUUUUUCGGUGUUCUAAAAAUUAUUCUAAACUAUUAAAUUGAUCUUUUACUAAUAGUUGCAUUAUUGAUCGAGGAACAAAAUACAAUUAGGAAAAUAUGAUUUGUAAAAUAUAUUUUGUCAAACACUAUUAUUUUAAUCUAUACAAAUGUCUGACAAUGCUCUAUGAAUUAAAAAAAAUGACUCUUUUAAUUAUUAUUGUUAAACUAAAUUUUUUAAUGGAAAUGCUCUAAUUAUUAUUUAUACAAAUAAAGAUCGUAUCAGAUAUACAACAUGCAAAAUA